AUGGCAUCACGAACUUUCACCAGAGCCCUUCGCUCAAACGUUGCCCGCCAGAUUGCGGCGCCCGUCCAGAAGAGGGCUAUCUCAACUGCCUUUGCUGCUGCGAGAGCUACCGUCGCUGUUGCUCCUCGUGUCCCGGCUGCUGUGCAGAAGAGGGGUAUCAAGACCAUUGAUUUUGCUGGUGUCAAGGAGGAUGUCUACGAGCGUGCCGACUGGCCCAGAGAGAAGCUCUUGGACUACUUCAAGAACGACACUCUUGCUUUGAUCGGAUACGGUUCUCAGGGACACGGACAGGGUCUUAACCUGAGGGACAACGGAUUGAACGUCAUCAUUGGUGUCCGAAAGAACGGUGCCUCAUGGCAGGACGCCAUCCAGGAUGGCUGGGUCCCUGGCACCAACCUCUUCGAGGUUGAUGAGGCCAUCUCCAAGGGUACCAUCAUCAUGAACCUCCUCUCCGACGCUGCCCAGUCCGAGACCUGGCCCGCUAUCAAGCCCCAGCUCACCAAGGGCAAGACCCUCUACUUCUCCCACGGAUUCUCCCCCGUCUUCAAGGACUUGACCAAGGUUGAGUGCCCCACUGACAUCGACGUCAUCCUCGUCGCUCCUAAGGGAUCUGGACGUACCGUCCGCACUCUCUUCAAGAACGGCCGUGGUAUCAACUCUUCCAUUGCCGUCUGGCAGGAUGUUACCGGCAAGGCCAAGGAGAAGGCUAUUGCCCUCGGUGUCGCUGUCGGUUCCGGUUACAUGUACGAGACCACCUUCGAGAAGGAGGUCUACUCUGACUUGUACGGUGAGCGUGGUUGCUUGAUGGGUGGUAUCCACGGUAUGUUCCUCGCCCAGUACGAGGUUCUCCGUGAGCGCGGCCACUCCCCAUCUGAGGCCUUCAACGAGACCGUUGAGGAGGCUACCCAGUCUCUUUACCCAUUGAUCGGAGGACACGGUAUGGACUGGAUGUACGCUGCCUGCUCCACCACCGCCCGUCGUGGUGCCAUCGACUGGACCAACCGCUUCAAGGACACCCUUAAGCCCGUCUUCAACGACCUCUACGACUCCGUCAAGACCGGAAAGGAGACCACCCGCUCCCUCGAGUACAACUCUGACCCCGAGUACCGCAAGAAGUUCGAGGCUGAGUUGGAGGAGAUCCGCAACAUGGAGAUCUGGCGCGCCGGAAAGGCCGUCAGGUCUCUCCGCCCUGAGAACAACUAA